UAUGAGCAUCGGGGGGGAGCUGGACUUGGUUACAGCUACAAAAGGGAGGGAGACGACUCAACUCUGAGAGUUGUGAGGUCACAGCAGCUCUCUGGAGCUCGUCUUGAAAGACAGACUGUAUGGAGGUGUGUGACCUAAUUUGGGGGAUAAAGAGCCGAAGCUAGACUUGUGAUCUACCAGUUGUCACAGCUUCAGAGUCAUCCGCCCCAACGUGUUCCACGAGUUUAAAACAGGAGCAGCUACAAAUAAAGUUUAAUAGAGAACCUAGAAAAGUGAUGUCAGAAGGCCGAGCACAGUGCAUCUUGCCAAUACCCGAUGCUAGAGAUGCCAUCAUGAUGCUCCUCUAACAGACUGGGAUACAGGACAGCAAUAAACACAGAAAGGCCUACAUAGCUGUGUUGACAACCAUUCGCAGCCAGGCCUGGCUAGAAACCAAGUGUCAGAUAUAACCAGGAAGAGUUCUCCCUUCUGCUCAAGGGCAUAACUGUAAGAAGAGAGCCCAGCCAUCAAUGGCCGACUGUCCAGGGCUGAUCCAAUGGAGACACCAAGCUCAACUCCAGCUGCCCGAGGAUACCAGUCUUCUGUAUGUCUUCGGAACAAGAUCAAGAACUUACAGCUCCUCCUCCAGAGCCAUGCCUGUUUGGAUCCUACCAUGCUUCCUGAACCUCUGAACCUGAUCUACUUCUCCAUUUUAGAAGAAGAAGAAGAAGAAGACGAAGAAGAAGAAGAAGAAGAAGAAGAAGAAGAAGAAGAAGAAGAAGAAGAAGAAGAAGAAGAAGAAGAAGAAGUGGAAGAAGAAGAAGAAGAAGAAGAAGAAGAAGAAGAAGAAGAAGAAGAAGAAGAAGAAGAAGAAGAAGAAGAAGAAGAAGAUGAUGAUUAAAUAAUCACUAAAUCCACUCUGUGUUAUUCACACACACAGGCAUGCGGCCAUCCACUGAAGCAUCCCCAACCUCCUAAAGGCCACGCUGUUAAAACCCGACUGUCCCUUACCUAGUAGGUAUCAGCUGUCCAUUGCUUCUCAGCCGUAUGUGGAAGUUCAUACAUCACCUCUUCCUCCAUCCAUGCCUGGCUUUUCAUGUGGGUGCUGGAGAAUGUGCUCCCCAUGCUUAUGUAGCAGCUGCUCUUCCCCACUGAGCCAUCUCCAGCCUCUCUCCUGAUAGUGUUCAACUGGUGUUACACGCUCAGUCACUACGUGCCACAUCCGUGAGGGCUACCGACAUACAGCAUUCUCAGUAAGCAUACCUGGGCAGGAAGCUGGGUGCGAUACUAACGUCUCGAUAUAGGCUAUAGUUGAUAUAAAUGAUACACGUUGUGUAGUCAUAGUAGCUUUGGGACUUCAUUCUGCUCAGAUUAUUCAGAAAUGCUUUAUGGAUAAAGGUGGUAUGAGAACUGGACCAAGAAUAAUGGAUUCAGUAUCAGUUGGCUGAGAUGAAACAGAAUGUAGGUGUUCUAGGCAGGAGGGAAGAAUAUAAUUAUUUUUUUCAAAGAGCUUGGAGCAGUCUAAGUGAAUUAGAGAAGUGGAAAGAAAUCUGUAGUGGCUGCAUGGGGGACAGACGCGUGGGGAUCCCUAAUAGUGGAGGAGUUAUUAAUAGUUAGUGGCUGUUGAGAGAGGGGAAACAGGCGUUUUGUUCAGUGGUGUGUCCUGGUAAAAUCCAUGAUCACACCCACGCACAUUACAGACACCCUAGUCAAACUCUGUGCAUUAUAUUUUUUGAAAGGAAAGUAAGAGAAGGGUGUGUUGGGGAAAGGGGUUCUGAGGGAGUGGGAAGAGAAUAAGACAUGGGAAGGGGACAUAAUUUUUUU